UCAAACACAGUUUAAAUAACAAUUGAUAACAAUUAGUUGGGGUUGAUUGGGGUUGAUUGGAUACUUGUAAGUUUACUAAUUAAAUACGUUUUACAAAGUUUAAUCAUCAAUAUUUAUUAAACGCAACCAUUAAUUUGUCAAUAAUUCUUAAGUAAAUAUUGAUAAUUAUGGCAGCCGGUCCAAUUGCAGAACGUAACCAAGAUGCAACAAUAUACGUUGGAGGUUUGGAUGACAAAGUCACAGAAUCCCUUAUGUGGGAAUUAUUUGUUCAAUCAGGACCUGUUGUUAAUGUACACAUGCCGAAAGAUAGAGUAACUCAAAUGCAUCAAGGAUAUGGUUUUGUUGAAUUUAUGGGAGAAGAAGAUGCAGAUUAUGCUAUUAAAAUUAUGAAUAUGAUCAAACUUUAUGGCAAACCUAUUCGUGUAAACAAGGCUAGUGCACACCAGAAGAACUUGGAUGUUGGAGCAAAUAUAUUUAUAGGAAAUCUUGAUCCAGAAGUAGAUGAAAAAUUGUUGUACGACACAUUUAGUGCGUUUGGCGUGAUUUUGCAAACACCAAAAAUAAUGAGGGAUCCCGAGACUGGUAACUCGAAAGGCUUUGCUUUUAUUAAUUUCGCUUCUUUUGAUGCCUCAGAUGCCAGCAUUGAGGCAAUGAACGGUCAAUAUCUGUGCAAUCGACCAAUUUCGGUAUCGUAUGCUUUUAAACGCGAUGCCAAGGGCGAGAGACACGGUAGUGCUGCCGAAAGACUUUUAGCGGCUCAAAAUCCUCUGAGUCAAGCGGACAGACCGCAUCAAUUAUUUGCGGAUGCGCCACCUUUGGCGCCGCCACCUAUGCCAAAUUCAAACGCGAAUACCCAUCAACCUGCUCAUCAUCCCCAGCAUCAUGUGAUGCAUCAUGGAAUGGUCGUGCCACCGCCACCACCACCGUCUACUCCUGGACCACCGAUGGGUCAUCCGCCUCCGCCGCCUGUCCCACCGCCACCGUCUGGUGGAUUUCCACCAGCGAACAUCCCUCCGCCUCCUCUACCUCCAAUGUCCAUGGCGACGCAUCCUCCUCUACCACCCGGGAUGCCACCGCCGUUGCCGCCUAUGCCAGUGCCGACUUCUCAGGCGCAGUCAGCUGCCUCUAGGAUGAUGGCACCACCACCACCACUUUGGUCUGUCGGGACACCGCCACAGGGGCAAUUUCCGCCGCCUCCUCCACCAUCUUCCAGCGGUCCUCCACAAUUCGGGCAGUAUCAGCCUACGCCUCCAAGAUCACCUCCAACUUGGCGACAUCCGCCACCGCCGCCCGUUUCGCAAGGUGGCCCACUGCCGCCACCACCACCCCUAUUUCGACCACCCUUCCCACCAAGAGGACCACCGCCACCACCACCGCCACAUGAUGGCAACCAAUAUUAAUACUAUAUUCGUGACUUAUAUUUAUACAUUGUGUGGACACAAAUGAUAAAUGAUUUAAUUUUGUUUUACAAUUAUUAUCAACAAAUGUAUUAUGAAUCGAGAGAUCUAUGAUACAUUGGUUAAAAAAUCUGCUUUUUUAUGAAACUUAUUUCUUCAUUGUUCUUAAAUAAACUUGUUUACAUUAUAGCGAUUAGCGUAGUAGUAAGAAAAUUUUUAGUAAUUAAUUGAGAUAUUAUUUAAUAUCUUAAGUAUGUUCAGUUAACUAUGUAAUAUCGCUGGGCAUUAACGGCCCGUAAUGAGAGCAUGACGUGUCAAUUAUAACAUGCGUUUCGCUUGGUCACUUAUCGUAUCGAUCGAUUAAGCUUUGGCGCUUGAAUAACGUACCUACAUACAUACAUACCGCGUUUGUUCUAUCGAUUAUUUCGUGCCUGUCCAGUCCAGUCAAGGAUAGUCAAACAUCAAGUCUACUAUCGAUAUCCUACUAUGUUUCACGUGAUUUUAUUUUUUAUAAAACUGAACAAGUGAUCACUUUCUGUGAGGAUGAGUUAUUAAGAAAAUUUGUGUGCGAUAUACGUCACGCGUCAUAAUAUUAAUUUAGUAAAUAAAACGUGGUGUCAACGCGA